AUGUCAUCAGCCAAGCACAAGCCCCAGCCUCUUAAGAGAGCUUCGAUCGACGAUGUCGACGUCGACGAAUUGAGUGCCUUGGAGCGAAUCAAAGAGAAGAAGAGAAAGCUCGAAGAGGACAUCGAAAGCCUCGUCGAGAAGAAGAGAAGAAAGCUGGACGAAGUAACUGUCCAGAGCAGAAAGGGCCGUCCUGAAGGGUACAGAGCGCAGGCGCUCUCUUCCUUUCACCGGAAGGAACUUGCCCCUGCUCAACGGUGCCUCGCCCGGGUGGAGGCCACCAUUUAUCAUUUCCCGGUGGUGAGGACUAGCAUGGAGCUGUUGAAAGUGGUCUUGCAUAGCAUGAUCUCCUCCAUUUUCUUCAUCCGUGGACUCCUUCCUCAGACCUCCUUCGGCAUUCGUGCUCUGCCAGUCUGCUUCGCCGAUGAGAGCUUCUGCUUCGAGGAGCACUUCAUGAACGAGGGUAUCAUCCCAGUGGAUAGAUACCCAGUUCAACUGAGGGCCGGCGAGAUCAUGGUGAUGGAAAGAGGCAAGGAUCGUUUGACCAACAGCAUCAUCAGUUGUCUGGAAACGAUCUUCGCCAAAUUCCUGCUGCAACGCAAACUCCUGGGCCUUCAGUUUGUCGUGUGCAAGGGCAAGAACAAUCGAACGGAGGUCUACGAGAGAUACACCAUCUCCAUCCACUACAGCGGCAAACGUGGACCUUCUGAUCGGGAGGGGAAGAAGCUGGACUUUCACGAUACCAAGAAAGAUCUGAAGUACUCCAUGAAGGUCCAAAAGGGUAUCAUUGCCAUGUUCCGCCGCAUGUUCAUGGAGAUCAGCAACAGCACCUUACCAAACACUCGCACCCUUGCGGUCCACGUCUUCCAUACUCCUCUCGCACCGAACCCCAUGAACGGUGACAGCUUCAAUCGUUUUUGGACUGAGCACCUGAGCUUCCCCCGAAUCCCGGGUUGGCAGAGACAGACCAUUCACUCCGACUUUAUCGACACCGGAUUUUACGGAGCGAGACUGUCUGUUACUUACCUCGAGGCACCAAUCACUGUCAGAACUAUCAAUGGUGUACCCGAACCAAUGCCAGCCCAGCUUAACUUCUCAAACCACCGAAACCGCGGCGCCGAUGUGCAUUGGGAACAUGGUCUUGACUGGGUCAAGAAAGAGAUCGCCAAGAGAGCCGCAGCCAAGAAGGCAGCCAGAGAGAAGGCCCUCAAACAAGCGAAGAAGGCAUGA